UCCAUUUUGUUUACUUCUUGGGACCUUCUAUUUAGUGGUAGACUCAGCUGUCCUCUGGUGUCUAUACCAUUUGUCCCCAUUUUUAUCUCUUGGUCAUUUUACUCUGCUUUCUAGGACCCUUCUUUAACUGUAUCCUUGUUUUACUGCUUUUGUUUUUAUAACUUUAGAGACCUCAUUUUUUGUUUACUGACUAUUCAUUUUGAUAAUCUGGAUUUAUUUUCUUUUAUUUUAAAUUAUUUUCUCUCUGAAGAGUAUCUGUGAACUUGAAGCUUAUAAUUUCACAAUUGUUAGCCAGAACCAUAGCCAGAGCUUUAUUUUCUGUAUGUAAUCAACUGCUUUUCAAAAAAAAAAAAAAAAUGCAGGCUCAGCACCCGUAGCACAGUGGUUGUGGCACCAGCCACAUACACAAAGGCUGGCUGGUUUGAACUCAGCCCAGGCCUGCUAAAACAACCAUGACAACUACAAGAAAAAAUAGCCAGGUAUUGUGGCGGGCACCAAUAGUCCCAGGUACUUGGGAGGCUGAGGCAAGAGAAUCACUGAAGCCCAAGAGUUUGAGGCUGCUCUGAGUUGUGACACCAUGGCACUCCACUGAGGGCAACAUAGUGAGACUCUGUCUCAAAAAAAAAAAAAAAAGCAUCAUUUUACCAUUAACCUGUGGAACCAUCUCUACUAUCUAUAAUUCAUCCCAGACAACCUGACUUGCAUCCUGUAAGUGGCCCUGUGUUCACCUUAGUUCUGAUGCCCAGCCCAGCUUGCCUGCCAGCAGGGCUCCCCUGCUCCCCUGCAGCUUGUGUUUUAUCUCCACGUACCUGCUUCCAGCCCUCAGCCUUAAAAUACCAUCUGCUUCCUCAGCACUGAAUUGAUAACCACUGCUGUCCUUGAUGACUCUCCAAGGACAAUCAAGCAGAAAAAGCAUUUCUAUUAUUUUGAUAGUCCUUGAGAAGAAAAAAUAUCAAGAAGUUAUGUCAUUAUGGGUAGAAGUCCUACAUUGCUGCAAAAUUCUUACUUAAGAGAUUGUAUAAUUUAAGUAGGGUUAUGAAAUGAUAUGCAUUCUUUUCCCCAGGACUGUCAUAUUUGAAUCAUGAUUGAUGAGGUUCUCAGAAUAUUCUGAAGAAAUCUAGGAAUGACUGUCUCACUGUUCUGUUCUAAUGGCUACCUGACCAUGGUGUUUCCAUGACAAGUUGUUAAUGUCCCAUGGAGACAACUGCCCCGUAACAAGGAAAAGGCAUUGAUGAAAGGCAUUGAUGAUGCCUCCGUGUAUUACAGACAUAAUUUAAACACAUAAUUUAUGGUGGAAUCAGAAGUCACAACUUUGUACCUGGAAGGGCACAUUACCAUUAUUGAGUUGCUGCCUGGGAGCUGUGAGCAUAUUUUAAUAGUAGCUAAUGUGUACUGACAUCUAUGUACCAAGGGUCCUACAUACAUUAUUCCAGAUAUUCAGAAGUCCUUGCAGUAGGGAAUCCUAUUUUAGGGAUGAGAAACCAGAUUCAAUUGCCUUUUAUUUUCUACUAGCCAUGACAUCAUUCUCAUUGUCAUGUUAAACUCUGAAAAGAGAUACUUUUUGAAAUCAUCCUCUGGUUGUUCAUGAGUGUUUUCCUGGCAGGUUAUCAUGCAACACCGUCUGUGCAGCAAGGACAUGUCCCACGUGAAGGCCGCUUGCAUCAUGUGUUUUUACCUGAAGCUGCUGCCCAUGUUUCUCAUCGUGAUGCCAGGGAUGAUCAGCCACAUUCUGUACACAGGAUAUUUAUUCUUGCAACAAUUGUCAUAAGCAUCCUGUGGGUCCCACAAGUACAGGCAUCUCAAAAUGGACAACUGAUCCAUUACACACCAGCAAUGGCUAGUUACCUUGGAUCUCCAGUUGCAGCUGUCUUCCUGCUCGCCGUCUUCUGUAAAAGAAUCAACGAACAAGGAGCAUUCCGGGGCCUAAUCACUGGACUUGUGAUGGGCUUUAUUCAUAUGAUCACAGAGUUUUCCUAUAGAACAGGGAGCUGCCUGGCUACCAGUGACUGUCCCAACAUUAUCUGUGGAGUGCACUAUCGGUACUUUGCCACCAUUCUCUUCUCUGGGACCACCGUGGAUGCUCUGGGAAUUUCUCUAUUAACAAAACCCAUUCGUGACGUACAUGCCCUGCAAUGUGAGAGACUGCAGUGUGUCACUCUCCUCUUAGAACGUGGUGCGGAUCCCAAUAUUACAGAUAUUACAGAUAUCCACUGUAACUGCGAUCUCCACAGCGUUAAUGUAGAGAUUACAACAAAACCCCCUGAACAUGGUGCCACUACAGAGGUAAUGAACAAGAGUUUCACCAUGUCGCCUUUGGUAGAGUGCUGUAGUAUCACAGCUCACAGCAGCCUCCCAAGUAAAAAAUUGAUAAUCCUGUAACAGGAGACAUCCCAUGGGCCAUUUAAUAAUUAGCAAACAAAGUUUAUUUGAAGCCUAGCUUUUCUUCACUCAGAAAACCUUUGUGAAUCAUUUGAAGCAGGAAUUACAGACGAAUUGGCAUCUGGGGUCUUGUCACCAUCAAUAGAAGACAGUCCUUUGAGUUGGUAUCACCUGGUGAAAUCCUCCCCCUUUGUUGGAAAGCUUUCAAACCUGUGUCACAGAAACUCUAAUUUCUCAACUGUUAGUGUUUGCCUCAAAAAUGUAUUGCCAAAGAGGGAUUAAGCAAAUUUAAGAGAUUGCUUUAAUAUUGCACAUAUAAUGGAAAGUUUGGUAAUAUUUCUCAUGCAUAGAUGAUCACAGAAACUUUGUGUUGGGGUACAUACUUCUUUCAGUUAUCUUUGAAAUCCAGUGUAAGAAAUGUUGAUCUGGGGUAAUAAUUUGGAUCAUUAACUCAAUAAAAAUACUGAAAAUGUUUACUACUAUAACUUAGGGUAGGGGGAUAUAGAGAUAUUAAUAAUAGAUACUGCCUCUGCCCACAAGAAGCUCUUGGUUUAGAUGAGAAACAAUAAAAUAAUUACAAUAUACUGUGGUAAAUGCUGUGAUAGAAGCAAAGAUUCUUGGAAGCUGUAAAUGUCUGAACUGAGUUUUGGAGGUAACCUGAGUUGAUAUGAUAAGGCAUGAGAGGUGUUUCCAAUGGAAGGAGUGGCACAUUGGAAAGCACAGAGUACUGAGAAGGAAGAGGCAACUUUUUAUUUAUUUUCUAUAUUACAUGUACAAUUUUAGGACCUUAUAUAAGGUUUUUCACUUCAGUUGAAAAAUGUAUAAUUUUUUCACUUAUUAUAUUAAUUGUUUUUGCUGUAUUGCAGAUGUUAGAAGUUUUAAUUAAGAAAAUAUACAUCUAGUUGAUGGUUGUAAGAGGUGUAGUAAUUAGUUCUUUUUUUCUAAACCUGAGUGGUGUUCUGGAGUGGUAAUACUCUCUCUCCUCAGAAAUGUUAAACGAACAAUAACAUUAACUCAUGAUUAUAACACAGAUUUUCAGUUACGCAGAAAAGCAGUUAUUUUGACUGGGCGAUAUGAAGGACAGUAUACAGAAGGAUUUAUCUUUUCUUUCAAUAUUGACUGAUACUUGUUUGUAACUUGGUGUUUUGGUGAUAUAUUAGCUGACAGGCUUUAGUUAGUUUUAUAAAAUGUGGACUUAAACUUGUAGUUUACUUUAUGACUUAAUACAAACUUCUUCACUCUUUCCUAGUAUUUUUCAACCUCUGUUGCUUAUAUAGUUUUCCUUUAGAAUGUUCUGUUCCCCAUAAAUAGGAGCUGGGAUUUUCUCUUUUGAAUGACUCAGUGAGUCUUUGCUUUAAGUUGUUUUCUAUGAAGAAUAUUGAUGUUAGAUUAUCCUUAAGUGACUAUUAAUUGCUAUUAGCAGAUCCUGUGGCUUCAUCAGCUUUUUUUCCAUGUUCACUUAUAGUGUAGUUCAAUGUUUUAAUUUUAUUUUUAUUAUUUAUUUAUUAUUACUAUUUUAUUAUCUUUUUUUUUUUUAGAGACAGAGUCUCACUUUGUCGCCAUUGGUAGAGUGCUGUGGCAUCACAGCUCACAGCAACCUCCAACUUUUGGGCUUAGGCUAUUCUCUUGCCUCAGCCUCCCAGGUGGCUGGGACUACAGGCACCUGCCACAAUGCCUGGCUAUUUUUUGUUUCAGUUUGUCCAGGGCCAGGUUUGAACCCAAUGCCCUUGGUAUAUG